CAUGUGUGCAUUGCAAUCCCAUGUCAUGCGUGUGAUUUGCUAGUUAGGCUACGAUAAGUGCUGAAAAUUGUGUGUUAAAUUACUAGAUAAUGGCCUUUUCAGUCACUCGAAAUUUCGCAAGUGUUGCCGGUAGAAUGCUUACACAGUGUAGGUAUACUACAUCGGCGACAUCGAAAUGCCUUCUGUCCAUCCAGAAAGAUUGCCAAAUGAGCCGUCCGUUUACCAGGUCGAUUUGGUAUCUUUGCAACAACCACUCGAGCAAAGACACACACCCUGGCGGCUUGGAGCACGUGUUGGCUCAGGCGACGAAGUUGAGGGAUCCUAGCAAAUCAUGCAGCUGUGGCUGUGCUGGAAUGCACACACAGGGUGAUGAGGAGUUGGCCAAAUUCCUUAAGGAAGAGAUACAGCUGGAGAAAGACAGCCGACAAUUCCCCGAUGUGCCCCAAAUUGGGGACUUUCAAUUGUCACAAGAGGGCGCUGUAGCAACACUGACAAAGAAAAAGGAUGGGGAAACGGUGAAGGUAAUGUUCAAUCUCAACCACUCCGUUGAGGAAGAGCCUCAGGAAGACAAGCCAGAGGAGGAAGCCGCCUCAAAGUUGCGAUCCUACCCUGAAUUCACCGUGGAUAUCACCAAGGACACCCAGAGCACCUUGACCAUCAGCUGUCGAUUUGACUUGAACGAAGUCGAGCCGGAGGGGGAGGAAGGGCCUGAAAGCAACGACCUUUUCAUGAUCGAUGAGGUCAGCAUACAGGACGGGCAGGCCUCUGAGUCAACAUACAGGGUGGGGUCAGAGGUCAUGGAUGCUAAUCUCUACAAUUUCCUGAUGAACACGUUAGAGGAGAGAGGCAUCACGGAUGAGUUUGUUGAGAAGCUGUCGGACCUCUCCAGUGCCCUCGAACACAAGCUAUACAUUGAGUUCCUUCAGAAACUCCACAAGAUCGCCAAAUUCUAAGGCAAGCUGGCUAUGUUAUGCUUGUACUCACACCGUGAUUCAUUUCCACUUUUUUUUUUAAGUGCAGGCUUUGUUGCAGUUUAAAGGGGUUUGGUCUUCAUUGCAAAGGUGAAAUGUAAGUGCAAAUUUGUCAGCACUUCAGCUUGCCAUAACCCCACAAAUUAAUGUACGUGUUUGUUUUUACACCAAGUAAGGCCAAGUCCAAAUCAAAUGGAUGUGGCCAGGAUGUGGCCAGAACACAUGCAUCUAUGAGAUGUGAAUUUGGCCCUUAGCCGUGGUUUCCAUAGGCAUAUGUGGCAGUUCCAGCCAUAGCUGUAACUUUUGGAUAUAGACAGUGAAGUGGCCUUAUUCCUGAAUCUCGUUGGGUACCCAGAAAAAUCAAACAAACUCCAAACACAGCAAAGGACUUCUGGUUGAUGUGCAGAUAAGCAUCAACUUGAAACUGCUGUCUCUUGUAUUUUGGUGAAUUCCCAAGAAUUUGUUAAAGUUGGGUUACGUGUCCGCCAAGUCAGAGGGCUUUCACCUGUAUUCUGUGCAACACACCAUCUUGAAAGGUCACAUAUCAAUUCUCCAAUUGUAGGUGCAGAAAACAAUGAUGUAAUAAAAAUGUGCAUUUCAAUUUGUUUCUGUGCACAUUGACUUUGUUAAUUCAGGAACUUUAUCCGUUAUAUCAAGAUAAGAUUAAGCAUUAUUCAUGACGCAGUAUGCAAAAGAUUUGAGAUCAUUUGAAAUCAUUUCAGUGCAGUGGUCCAUGAGGUAAUUCUAACAAAAUUCAUGCAUUUCAUCUGACUGGAAUCACAACUACUUUUGAUUUAAUGUAGCAGAAUCUGGACGUGUCUAUCGAGGAGGGAAUGACGAUAAAUGGUGUCUUUGCUUAGCCUUAAUACACUUAGUGUAUAAGAGACAGUCAUACAUGUAACGUAUGGUGACAUUCCUCUUCACUCUGUUCAGGCACCCCAAGUAACAUCACAGCAAGUAGGUUUGGCAAAGAGUUGAUUGAUUGAUCAGGGAGAUGACUUACCAAAUUUCCACCGCAGAUCAUGUACAGGACUUGUCAGGAGUCAUGAAAUAGACACUGUUCACUUGUGUUGCACUUUUAUAAUAUUUUAUUCUGUAUACUCUGUAUCUUAUCCUGGGUACGUGCAGGCUGAGGGUGAAAGAGGAAAUGUUGGGGAAUUAUUACACAUCUACCAUAUAUAUAUAAGCAAUUCAAGAAUAAUUUGUCCUGAAAAAAUAUGAACUCUCUCUAUAUGGUGACAUUUCUCAACAAGUUGAAUGCACCAGUAUGUAGUCAUUUAGUUGAAUGUGCAGAACACUCAGUCGUUUAGCAUUUAAACCUUAAAACUCCUUCAGUUUUGCUAUAGAAAUCUCAAUAAUCUAUUAAAAACGAGUGUAAAGUGUCCAUUAAAACAGUGCAGUGUCGAACGAAAACA